AUGUCGCGAUUGAAGGCACCCGCAAACCUCCAUGAACUCGUCAAGGCAACCUUUUCCAAAGCUCUCUCCACAAACGAGCUUCACUACUUCCCCACUCAAGUCACAAUCCUCCAAGUCAAUUCCAUUCCCUUCCAACUACGAUUCUCCCCCUCUCUAGCAAACAAACCCAAAGGCCCCCCUCCAGAUCCCUCACAGCCGCGAAAGCCAUUCGAUCCCUUUGCCAGUCCUCCAGCUUCGCUCUUCGUCACAGACCUGGGUCCAUCUCAUUUCCUAGUCUUGAACAAAUUCGCCGUUGUGCCAGAGCACUUCAUCCUCGCGACAAAAGAGUACAAGCUGCAGACUCAUCUAUUAGAGGAAUCCGACCUCGAAGCCACGCUCGCCUGCAUCGACGCCUAUGAACAGGCGAAGCAGGAUGGAGCAUCUUCAUCUCCAAAGGAAUCAAAGGAUGAUGGACUCUUCGCCUUCUUCAAUGGCGGCCAGCACUCUGGAGCAAGCCAACCUCAUAGACACAUCCAGCUCUUGCCCGUAUCCCGGAUGAAAGACGGCCUGGACACUGGCUCGUCAUGGGAUGUGCUCGCUCAACAGGCAGAUAAACUAGACAAGACGCCUUUUGUUGUAUUUUCAGAACCCAUCAGCACCGAAACUUCCCCCGCAAGUCUCCACGCCGCCUAUCUCCGACUCUACAAAAAGGCGUGUCAAGCAGUCGCCCAGCAUUCAGGAGCCACAAGUUCAGCCUCAGAUGAGAUUCCCACCACUGGAGAAGCUAGAAUCAGCUACAACAUGGCCAUGACAAAAGACUCGAUAGUCAUAUGCCCCCGCCUAAGCGAAGGCUCCGAGAUCAAAAGCAGCGAAACAUCCUCGCCGAUUGGAUCCCUCGCACUAAACGGCACUCUCCUCGCAGGGACGGCACUCGUGAAGAGUGAGGCAGAGUGGGACGCCUUGAAGAAGAGUCCAGGCGGAUUGCUUGCUGUACUGAAGAGCAUCGGUGUCCCACGGGAAGAAGUCAUAGAUGAGCAGGUUAAACUAUAG